AAAAAAGGCCGGCAUAAGCCGCCUGGAAGUAACCGAUGCAAGCUCGAGGAGUACUGUUACUGUAAUUCUCUAUCGGCUCCGAAAGAAUCCAUUGUGAUCCGUCUCCUCUCGAUCUCAGAAAGACUUGAGAAGGGCCUACGAUGGGCGUAGAAGGUCUCUCAUCCUGUUCUUAGUCUCUGAUGUAGUUUUAAGUCCUCAACACUUACGGAAAUCGGCAGCAGCUACUGUUUUCUCAACCUACCACUUCAGUGUGUCAUUUGCAUCCUCAAGCGUUGAGAUGAAGAAUCGAGAACGCUCGGCAAAUUUAGUUCUUUUAGGUCUGUCUUUGGCGCCACUUUUUGUUAAGGUAGAUCCCAAUCUAAAUGUAAUUCUGACAGCAUGCCUAACGGUAUAUGUUGGUUGUUGCAGAUCAGUCAAGGCAACACCACCAUCGGAAACAAUGUCCAAUGAACAUGCAAUGCGCUUCCCCCUAGUCGGCAGUGCAAUGCUCUUGUCAUUGUUUUUGCUUUUCAAGUUUGUUUCAAAAGACUUGGUCAAUGCUGUACUCACAUGCUACUUUUUUGUGCUUGGGAUCAUCGCCUUUUCUGCCACUCUAGUGCCUUCAAUUAAGCGUUUUCUUCCGAAGCAUUGGAAUGAUGAUCUGAUUAUUUGGCAUGCUCCAUAUUUCCAUUCUUUUUCGGUAGAGUUUACGAGGUCUCAGAUUGUUGCCUCUAUUCCAGGAACUUUUUUCUGUGCUUGGUAUGCAUCUCAGAAGCACUGGCUAGCAAACAAUGUUUUGGGGAUUUCAUUCUCCAUUCAGGGCAUUGAAAUGCUAUCAUUGGGUUCGUUUAAGACGGGUGCUAUCCUCUUGGCUGGGCUUUUUGUGUACGACAUAUUUUGGGUGUUCUUUACUCCAGUGAUGGUUAGUGUUGCCAAAUCUUUUGAUGCUCCAAUAAAGCUUCUGUUCCCCACAGCAGAUUCUGCGAGGCCUUUUUCCAUGCUCGGGCUGGGUGACAUUGUAAUACCGGGUAUUUUUGUUGCUUUGGCUUUGCGGUUUGAUGUUUCGAGGGGUAUACAAGGUCGUUAUUUUAACAGUGCCUUUUUUGGUUACACUGUUGGUUUGGUGCUUACAAUUGCUGUGAUGAACUGGUUUCAAGCUGCACAGCCAGCUCUACUUUAUAUUGUUCCCGCUGUAAUCGGAUCUGUUGCUAUUCACUGCUUAUGGAAUAGAGAAGUAAAGCUGCUACUGGAGUAUAAUGAAUCGAAGACUUCUGAUGAUUCAAAUAGGGACUCCAAUGAACUAAAUAGAGAAGACAAAGCCGACAAGAAAGAUGAGUAAUUUUCCUGCUGCUAUGUUUAAUUAAUGUGCUUUUAGUAUUAGAGAAUGUGAGGCGUAGAAGCAAUCAAUUCCUGAAUGGUUCUUUUUUUAAUCUGUCUCUUUACUUGUUUAAAAUUUUUACUUUCUGAAGAUCAGAACAAGUCAAGAUUUGUCUUUAAGAGAAUCAUAUAUUUUUGCUAUUUAAUUAUCAACUGCUGCUGAGGAAA